UUCAAACAGUUGUUUAACGGAUUAUAUCGAUAUCUCAACCAUCACUGCCUUUAAAGUGAAGAGACUAAUAGGAAGAUAUUGUGGCGAUUAUGUGCCUUCGCCUCUAUUAUCAAUGCAUCCGCAGAUAGAAGUCAUUUUUACAACAAAUCAUGCCAUUAAUAUGAGAGGCUUUUAUGGAUAUUAUCACUUCAUCGAUGAAAGCUUAAUCGGACCGCCGGAGUCGAAGCCAAUGAAUAUUGUGGGCUGUGGUGGCAAUGAGACCGGAAUCGGGGGUAUUCUCGUAUCGCCCAACUAUCCCGGUCCAUUUCCCCGAACAAUAGACUGCGUUUGGCUCAUAAGAGUACAACAGAAUCAACACAUUUAUGUACGAAUGGUUGAGCUCCAGCUCUUCGGUAGUAUU